GGUUAGGUUGAGGUUGGGUGAGGGUAGGCUCUUGUACUUUGCACGAGUCGUACUUAUUUGUACUUUUGGUACGCUGCAAAGAAAAAAAAAUAGCGUCCAUUUAAUCAACUUUCUGCUGGAACGCGAGUCGUGAUCUGUUUUGAUCGAGUUGUGCGGUUGCAGUUGUCGCUUGACAGAUCGACGAUGAUGAAACGUGAGGGACGUCGCAUUUGACUGCUCUGGGAAGACAGAAUAUGGGCCUAAAGGCAGCCGUUCAGGCUCUGAAGAAAGCGGAACCACUGAAAGAUAAAGUCCAACGCUGCAAGGAUUUGUUGAACGACAAUGACGCCUGGGUAUGUCAGCAGCAGUUGCAGAAAAUAUACCAACAGGUCCUCAUACUGGAUUUGGAAUAUGCCCUCGACAGGAAAGUCGAGCAAGAGCUGUGGAAUCUUGGAUUUAAGAACUAUAUAGCGACUCUGCAGUCGCAAGCCAAGGACAGGAAGAAUCCCAAGCGCGGCGAAUCGCAAGCAUUGCUCAGUUGGUGCUUAGAAGCAGCUAGCGGCUUUUAUUUGACCCUGUUGCAGGAAAUUUGCACUGUGUUUGAUUUGGAUCUACCAUUUAGAAGGAAGGGUUACGUAUAUGGGUGUACAUCCCCGUGGAAGGCUGUUGAAAAAUUAUCUCCACCUCACAAAUCAUCUUGUUUUUAUGCUUGCCAAUAUUGCCUUGUACAUCUGGGUGACAUUGCACGAUAUAGAAAUGAAAGCAAGCAAGCUGAAAUGUUUUAUAGACAUGCCGUUUCGUUGUCACCAUCCAGCGGACAACCUUACAAUCAAUUGGCAUUGCUAGAAGCAUCCCGCGGUGACAAAUUGGGAACAGUGUUUCAUUAUACACGUUCGGUAGCUGUUAAGCAUCCCUUUCCCGUCGCCAUGGCCAAUCUUGCCACGACUCUGUCCUCCGCCUUGAACGACAAAUCUUUCAAUAUCGACGGCAAGACCAAAUUGAACUCUCAGGAGUAUAUUGCUGUCUUUCUAAAACUGCAUGGAAUAAUUCACAAUUUUGGCGAUUUGAAGCUUGCAUGUUUAUACAGUAAACAAUUGACAGAAACGUUAACGGCGUUAGUCGCCACCGAGAGUUUCAGUCCAUGGAUGCUGAUACAGAUGUUGGUAAUCAAUCUAUAUGCUUUGCAACACGCGACUGGAGUUGGCACCGAUAGCACAGAAUUGCUCAAGAACGAGCAAUUGACCAAUGAUGAAAAACUGGCCCGUGACUGUAUAUUGGACCUAAUCGCAGGCACUCUGUCUGCUUUACUGUUACCCGUUUAUACGAUAAAGAACUCUAUCAUCGAGUACUUUGCAUUGCCUUCUAUAAAACUGUGCCUUGAUUGGAUCAACAUAAAACCCAUGGUUUUGGAGGAAGUUGCUUUUACGUCGAGAUUACAGAUAUGGCCCAGCCUCUGUGUGCUUUUGAAUGCUCUGCAGAAUUGUGUAGUGGAUUUUAAGCACGACGAAUAUGCUGUAGUGCCACUGCCAGAAGAUCGCGACCUUCAGGGUUUCUUACCAUUGGAAAAGAGUUUCGAGAAUCUCAGAUUUACGAAUACUGCGCUAGAAGGCGACAUCAUAACAUUAAACAAAUUGCGGGCCGUACGUAUUCUGCAUCUGGGCCGUUGUCUCGCUCAGAAUCGAAUCAAUGGGUCUGCGCCAAUUUCGAUUACGACGGAGGAGAAAACGGGCGAUAGCAGAUUCACGUCCACGAGCAAUGGCGUUGGACCCAGCAACGAAUUGAUGAAAGAACUCGAGGAACUUAGCCUGAACAAAGAAUUGAAACAAUUGAACACUUCGAUGAGCCCGGUACUAUCUGAGGCAGCUAGUAGCAGCAAAAGUUCUGUGGAAACUGAUAUCGAGAUUUCUGCAGAUAAGAAAAUUUUUCAGGGUAUCCUUAAGCCCCAGGGUUCUUUAGAACGAAAUCGAGACUCUAUAUCGAACGUCAUGGAAACGAGUAGCGCUGAGGCGUGUUCUUCUCUUUCGUGCGCAAGAAAACCGCGACAAAAUAUAGCAAUGCAAGCGAUUAUGCGUCGCGCGGAGACUGAGCAAAAGCAGGUGACAUUCAAGAAUGUGUCACCCGUGAUUGUCGAAGAAGAAAAUGAUAAGAAAGCGAAAGCAACGAUUGUUCCACCGACUAUCAGUACUUCGAUGGCGAGUAAGCCGACACCGAUUCUAGAAAUGCCUAAAGCUAAUGAGGUUUCCAAUAUAAACAACACUCUUGUUAGCGCUUCGAAUCGGCUGUCAACAAUGCCGCUCGUCUCGUCCGCCAGUUCACAAAACCAGUCCGUGUUGGUUCAGGGUCAGCAGAGACCCGUCAAGUUGUCGCCGAACAUCCCCAUGCCCACUCAAUUGAUGGUAGUCGAGGAACAACCAACUCAGCAAAUUGCUCAGCAAGUUGCUCAGCAAAUGCUUCCACAAAUACACACCAGUGGUAUGACGACGGGUCAACAGACCUCGACGUUGGGACCGGUUUGCUAUUCGAAUCAACCGUUUAAUGCGCAGAAUCCCCAGUUUGCCAAUAACUUUAUGACGAGUCGACCGCCGCUGACGCCUAAUGCGCCACAUUAUCAGCUACAGGGACAACUUAGUACUAAUGGACAACCGGUUUCAACGAUACCGCAGAGCAUCAACGGGAUACAUCAUUCGAUCAAUCAGAGCAGACCGUUACAUCAGAGGAUGCCGCAGAACGUGUCCCAUAGCCCUGCGCAAUUGUUGCAGCAAAACUUGCGAUUGGGUUCGCCUGCUCAACCGAGCAUGUUACCACAAAAUAUGAAUCUACCGGCAAAUAAUAUGGGGCUACAAGCGAACAUAAAGGUGGAACAGAAUCACGCUAUCGGAUUGCAACAGCAGCAGCAAAACAUGAUACCAAGCAAUUCCAGAUCGAAUAGCAUGCAUAAUCAAUUGAAUAUGAACGGCAGUUCAAGCAUGGCAAAUGUAUCGACGAUGAUGUCGACCUUGUCCGUAUACGAAAAGGAUCCUCAGCAACCUCAGGGUUUAACAACGCUGGUCAAUUCGCAAAGUCCAACGAGCGGAUCUAACUUUCAGCUUAAUUUCAAUCAGAACCACUUUAAUCAAAAUCAAACUUUCGUCGGCCAGGGUUCAUUGUCGCAAAAUCAGCCAUCGCCGUCGUUUUAUAAAAAUAAUCCCGACGCGAUGGAUUUUCAAUUUCCCAAUCAGACUAAGAUAGUUAACAAGAAUCAACAAUCGCAGCAGCAACCAGUGACGAAUAAUUAUAACAUGUUUUGCAAUUACGAGCCGACGGAGCAUUUUAACUUGUGGAGGGACAAUCGACCGCCCCAACCGCCGAUCACCUGGUGGGGUGCAGCUGGUAAUACCGCGGCUCAGAUGCAUAUGAAGGAUACCACUGUUAACGAUAAUGCAUUUUCGAAAUGGAGCGACUCGUCUGCCCUCGGAAGUAUAGCAAAUAGAGUGCCACUGACGCCUGGUAAAAAUUAUCAGCAACAACAACAAAACGGACAACACAGCAGACAUCUGAUGACAGGAAAUAAUUUCGAGGAUUCUAGAUUUGAACUCGACCAGAAGCCGUCCCAAUCCGUGAAUACCGGCAAUACUUAUUCCUUGUUCAGCAGCAACACAUGGAGCACCGUUACGCCGAUCAAUACGAAUUCGACCGGUCAAGACCAAAUGAAGGCACGAUUGCAUCAGCAGUCUCUAUGGUCUGGACCAGGUCCUUCCCCGUUAGAGCGACUUCUGGAGCAACAAAAAUCGCUACGCGAAGGCGGGACCACUUGAAGGGACGCGCCGAAAUCCGUUAAAGAAGGCCAAGCAGAGUAAUUUCGCAUUCAGCGUAUACCGAUUUAAAUAAUGAUACAAGCGUAUGCGUGGCAGCGGAAAAAAAUCACUUAAUUAUUCGAUGAGAGAAAUGCGCAAAAUUCUCAAAAGAUAUGUAGAAAGAGCGGAUACUGUGCUCGACUAUAAGACGCAGCCUGUUGUCCUCGUGGCAUUAUGAUAUGCGCAGAGGUAAUAUAAUCUUCAUUUAUUUUGUAAUUGCAUGUAAGAGAUCUGCAACAGACACUUGCGUGAUCUUCGGAUUUUUUGCAAAUUAAGAAAAGCAAAUCGAGAGAUCAGCAAUGAGAGACGGCGAUUCAACCGCAAUUCAUUAAUUUGUAUGGGAAUAAAUAGGCAAGCAACAAAGGGAAAAAAAAUUAUUAGAGGUGCAAGAUGCAGUAGUUCUUAAUAUACAUUAAAUUAGUACGCAGGAAAUAAAUGAAAAUGUAGAUGUUAAUUACAGGCGAGAGGCGCGUGAAUUUUGUGUUUUGCUCAUGUAUUUAGAAAAUUCGCAAUAAACAUGAAUGAUUUCAAUCAAAAUUACCUAUGUUAUAUCAAUAGCAUAGUUUUGUUGUAGCAGCUCGAAUGCUGAAAUCCUACAUUUAUUAGAUGGACAUAACGUUAAUUAAACACUUCGUUUUCAAAAUGCAAUAACUUUAUUUCAUAUUAUAUAAAAGUAUAUUAACAAGUUUUCUUUCUAUAAUACUAUAUGUAAGUUACAUCACAUAUAUAUCAUAAUUACACAUAAUACAUACACAUUGCAAAGUGUUGCUUUGUUUUGUCACAAGUUCUUAAAAUUCUCAUUUUUGAUCAAUACUUUUGAUAUUGUUCUAUUUUACUGAGAG